CCGCCCGGUAGCUCCUCGCCAGCCGCACGCCCAUGCUCUCGGGCACCAGGAGGGCUCGCCAGCUCUUCCACCGUCUCUUCCCGGUCCCGAGAAUGGACGACCACGCCUCUAAGAUCCUCAGCCCCCAGGAAGCCCUGCCGGGCCGGAAAAAGGCGAUCCUCGUGGCGGCCAAACAUCAUGUCAAUGGCAACAGAACAGUUGAACCCUUCCCAGAGGGAACACAGAUGGCUCUAUUUGGAAUGGGUUGUUUCUGGGGAGCUGAAAGGAAAUUCUGGACCCUGAAAGGAGUCUAUUCAACUCAAGUUGGCUUUGCAGGAGGCUACACUCCCAAUCCUACUUACAAAGAAGUCUGCACAGGAAAAACCGGCCAUGCAGAAGUAGUCCGAGUGGUGUACCAGCCAGAACGCAUCAGCUUUGAGGAACUGCUCAAGGUCUUCUGGGAGAAUCACGACCCGACCCAAGGCAUGCGCCAAGGCAGAGACUACGGCUCUCAGUACCGCUCAGCCAUCUACCUAACCUCCGCCGACCACAUGGAGGUGGCCCUGAGGUCCAAAGAGGACUACCAGAAGGUUCUUUCAGAGCACGGCUACGGCCCGAUCACCACCGACAUCCUGGAGGGACAGACUUUCUACUACGCCGAGGAUUACCACCAGCAGUACCUGAGCAAGAACCCCGAUGGGUACUGCGGCCUUGGGGGCACCGGAGUGUCCUGCCCGCUGGGUAUUAAAAAGUAAUUCCCACGUGGUCUGCCCUUGGAGUCACAGCAAAAAUGCUUUCAAUAAAUCGGGCAAUUCUUUUGUGGUUCACAUCAGGGGCUCUUUGAAGUGCACCAAGCACAAAGUCAUUCAUAAAAAUCUUGUUUAUUGAGGUAUAAUUUCCAUGAAGUGCAGUGGCAAGUUGAUAACAUAUAAUUUAUCUUCUGUUAAGUUGUGGUGGGAGUAGAACUGUGAAAUUUUUUGGAUUACUUGGGAUCUGAAUGAGAAUAAUAUGCUGUGUUCAUGCUUCUUGUGCCUGGGUGCCUGCCGUGGAAGCCAGGAGAUUGUCAGACGAGGCAGGGCAUGCUGGAAAUCCUUUAUCUGUGCCCUGUCCCAUCUCACAUGCCCUCCUGUCCUCCAGUUCCUUAGCAUUUGCAAACAUUUAUAGCCUCAAUGAAUCCUUCACUGAAAUGCUUUGCUCUACAAUCCUAUCCAUGGGGAAGGGGUUUUCUCUCCCUUUUCAGCCCUGGGUGUAGCAGAGAAAAGAUGUGUUAGUUUGAUGAAUUCUAACACUUUGCUUACAGAUGUAAGAAAUGCUUGUUCUAAUGAAAGUCUGCAGUCUACUAAU